UAUUUGUAGUAAUUUCCAUUUACUUAUACUAAAUUCAUUUAAAUUAUCAACAACAAAAACAAUGGGAGAAGGAUUUCAUUUUCAUCCAGAUUAUAUUUCCUCAAAUAGAGGAAUAACUAAAAUUGUCCAAAUUGUUUUGGGUUUGGUUGUCUGUUCGGUUUUGUGUUCUAAUUGGUAUGGCGGUUCAAGCUGUUUUGGCGAAGGACGACUUGGUUAUGUAAGUGGACUUAACUUUAUUGUUGUCGUUGUCAACAUUGUGAUAUUUCUGCUUGGAUUAUUUAGUAUACGCUUUCAUAAAACGGAGCAACUUUACAAUUUAAUUGCGGCUCUACUAUUUCUUAUAGCCAUUGUUUUGCUCCUUUGGUUUAUGAUUCAAUACAAUACAUGGGGAAUUUGGAUGAUAAUUGUUGUGGUUUGUAUUAUUAUCAUCUUCAUACUUUUCCAAUGGGAUUUUAAAGGAAAUCGAACAAUGCAAGAUGGACAUUUACCUAUUUAA